GGAGGAGGAGGAUGCACAAGGCGAGAGGAGAAUGAGGCUCACACAGUGGCAAGUGCCUCAGCUGCAUUCACAAGGCUCAGUGAUUGAUGCCCAGUGUGUGCCUCAUCAGUGGGAACUGAACCAGGUUUUCAUCCUCAGAGACCACAGCAGCAGACUGAGCUGUAUCAGGAAGUACUCUGAUUCAGGAACCGAUUGCACACGUGAAGAUUUAUAAAGGGAGAUGAAACAUAAACUCCAAACCUCCUGACAAUCACAGCAUCAUCAUCAGCAUCAUCAUCGUCGUCGUCUGACGGACGACAGGGCGGCUUUUAAGCUCAUUUUGAAUCCACAGUUUUCUGGCCGCACUUCCUGGCUUUGAAGGAUGGGUGAUGGGCCUGUGACUGUUUCCGCCUGCCUGCCUUGUCCCACCUUUCAAUGGAGCCGAUGUGGAACUCCUCCCACCCACCUCCACAGCUCAUGUCCAACGUGUCUGCCUCCUCGCUGCCUGAAGGCUGGGCGCUCUCCCAGUCGCUAGCCCUGCUGGCCAUGCUUCUCAUGGAUCUGCUGGCGGUGGUGGGCAACGUAGCUGUCAUGGUGGUCAUUGCAAAAGCCCCGCAGCUCCACAAGUUUGCCUUUGUCUUCCACCUGUGUGUGGUGGACCUGCUGGCAGCGCUGGUGCUGAUGCCCCUCGGCAUGCUCUCCAGCCGAGCGUUCUUUGGCGAGGCCCUGUGCCGGAGCUACCUCUUUCUCAGUGUGUGCCUGGUCAGCGCCGCCAUCCUCUCCAUCUCUGUCAUCAACGUGGAGCGCUAUUACUACAUCAUGCACCCGAUGCGCUACGAAGUGAAGAUGACCGUGGGCCUGGUGGCGUCGGUGCUGGUGGGGAUAUGGGUCAAAGCGCUGGCCAUGUCCGCUCUGCCGCUCAUCGCUUGGAUUCUGCAGGGCGGACGGACGCCACUGUUGGAGAGCAGCGGCGUCGGAGGAGGGGGAGGAGGAGGAAGUGGAGCUGUCCCGCCUCCUCCUGCUCAGGGUCACAGACGCUGCUCGCUGCACUGGACGGGCGGAGGGUCAAAUCGCCUGGCCUUCAUGGUCCUCUUUACUCUGGUAUAUUUCCUUUGUCCACUUCUGGUCAUUCUUGUCGUGUACUGCAAUGUCUUUAAAGUGGCCCGGGUGGCGGCCAUGCACCACGGGCCCCUGCCCACCUGGAUGGACACUCCCCGUCGCCAGCGGUCAGAGUCGCUCAGCAGCCGCUCCACGAUGGUCACCGGCUCUGGCACCGGAACGGGGACGGGACGAGCGACUCCACAGCGGCCCUUUGGAGGAGGAAAGGCCGCAGCGGUGUUGGCGGCGGUCGGUGGACAAUUCCUUUGUUGCUGGCUGCCCUAUUUUACUUUCCACCUGUAUUCAGCUCUGGUUGCCAGUCCUCCAGCCACGCUGGCCUCUCUGGAGGAAGUGGUCACCUGGAUCGGCUACUUCUGCUUCACCUCCAAUCCUUUCUUCUACGGCUGUCUCAAUAGACAGAUCCGGGAGGAGCUGGGAAAGCACCUGCCUUGUCUGUUUCGCCGAGCGGGGAUGGAAGUGGAGGACCGGCUGCCCAGCCGCGAAGGAUCCAUCGAGGAGAAUUUUCUUCAGUUUCUUCAGGGCACCGGCUGCAACCUGGAUGCUCAAAACUCUCACAGCACAUCCAGUCCUAAGGGGGAGGCCUGCUGCCCCGUGCCACAGCCCCAACCACAACCACCUGACCCGGCACAGCCCAUACCCAUUGAUUUCCGUAUUCCGGGACAAAUUGCAGAGGAGACUUCAGAGUUCAUUGAGAGUGAACAGGGCAAAAACAACCGCAUUUAUACGGACAAUUAAGUUGUUGAAUGGAUUUAUUUCUCGGAAAAAUAAGUCUAAUUUUUGCCCGAUAAAAAAGAGACUUUCAGGAAAAUGUCUGUCUAUUUCUAACUGCGAGCUGGCCAACUCUGAGGCAGCUCCGAAACCACUUUAAAUUGUAUCUUUGAAUCACUGCACUUUGCCUCGUCAGAUUCCGCUGUCGUUUUUGGAAACAGUCACGGUGACGCAGUUCCGCUACUCGAGCAGGGAAAUGACUGCGAGGUCAGAAAAGAUGACCUUCUGUGACCUUUCACGUAAAUGAAUUAACAUUAACAUGUAACUUUUAGAACUUGAAAAGAGUCACAUGACCUACGACGGCAACAGAGUACGAUCCAGAUAGAAAUGUUCGUGGAGCACUUGCUGAAACACACUGGUGGUUUUAUGCCUUACAAAGAAAUUGCCUUUGUGACUCAGAGACAAUAACAGCGAGAGAUUCGUAGUCGUUGAUUGGUCGGUGGCAGGGCUGCAACUGUCGAUUAUUUCCUCGAUGAAUCGAGUAUUCUUUUGUCCAUAAAACGUAGUUAAAAUGUCGAUCGACUGAAUGACUUCUUUUUGUCAAAUGGAGCAAAGAAACCAGAAAAUCAGAAAGCUUGUAUUAAUUGUUAAAAUAAAACAAAAAAACCUUGAUGGCGAUUAAUUUCGUCAUCGAUUAACAAUCUAUUCAUGGAAUAAUGGCUGCAGCCCGAGUGAUUAAUGCCACUCUCAUCCAGAAACUUAUGGGAUUAGAUUAAGUCUCAUGGAACUGCUACGACUUUGUUUACAGAUACACUUUUUGUGAAGUUUGUUUGCUUUUCUUUGUCCAAUCAUUCUAAAAAAAGAAAGAACGACUCAGUUUAGGGUGUAGGUUGAACUUUAUAAACCUACGCGCCACAUCCGGCUUUUCUGCCAUGUGAUAUAUUUGGAUAUAGACUUUUUG